AUGGCAACCUUACCCGACAUGCAGCAGGCCAGCGGCGUCGCGAUGAGCACCUAUCGACGAGUCGCGACCGAUCCCGACGACCCACUCGACGACCAGGACCCGUACUCUCGGCAGCGACACCCUCCUUCGUCUUCGCACUCCUCGCGCUGGACUUCGCAGAGAUUCGUCUAUUCGGCGGCGAUGGUCAUGCUGGCACUCGUCGCAGCAACGAUUGUCGGUCUGCGGGAGGAACGGUACUUUCGGACGGCACACGGGCGGAACCAGGCGCGCGUGGUAGUCGGUCCGCGACGACUUGGGGGCCUAUAUCGCGGCUGUUCGUCGUCAGAAUUCGUACGCGAGCUGCAGCUCGCACGGAUCAAGGACGACGGGCCGUCACUGCACGUCAAUUACACCUUGCCGGAUAGCAACGAGCUUCCGCCUUGGCCCGGCUUCUCCUUCGCCAUGCAGGCUUGCCCAGACCCGCACUUCUUCACCCGGCCCGAAGCAUGUGACCUGCUCAAGAGUUAUGGCAGUCUGUACAUCGCCGGCGACUCGUUCAUGCGGCACGUCUGGGAUGCGCUCCUCCUCCUCCUCAGCGGCGACUUGGCCGGUGCGGUCGGACGUGCCGAUGCAAAGGCGGAUUGUCGCGGCGAACACCUCUUCAACGACCGGGACCUCAAAAACUUCAGCAAUACGACGCCGUGCCGGACAGGCAUCUAUGUCACGCUCGACCGGCUUUCCAGCUCACUAUGCGACGGCGAAAUGCCACGCGGCGGCCUCUCUAGCGCCUACUCCGAUUUCCCGACUUCACAUUUCCUUUCCUUCCUCUCUUCUGCACCAGAUGAUGUUCGAAGACGGUCCCCUGUCCUCUUCUACGCAGGCGGCGUCCACUUCAACUACAACAUCACCCGCACAAAGCUCAACUACGUCCAGCCCAUCGCUGAGCUCAACCGCCUCUUUGGCCCCCGACUCGUUCCAGUAUGGCACGGUAACCACGCUCCAGGCGACAACAUCGCGGCACACUACUACCAAACUCAGGGUCGCGACAGCGUCAAGAAGUACAACCAGGAUGUCGAGGACCUGCUUCAACAGUUUGGCUCCGAGGCGCCUGCUACCGAAGGAGCUUUCCACAUCCUGUGGCAAGAAGCGGUAGAAGCAGGCGGACUAGACACGCAAUGA